GUUCUUUUAAUGUUUCUGUCAUUUCGUCGAAUGUCGCUAAUCUUGGCGAAAUUACCAUUUAAAUCAGUGUGCAACUAAGAAUAAAGUUAGACCUAAACGUUAAUGUGGUGAUAUAAUGAAGAAUUCGUAAUAACGAAUAAAUUACAGUUUGUGAUUGUGUGUGAUGAACUGAAUAACUUGCGUGUAUACCAUAAGACUUAACGAUGACCACAACAACUGUCCAAAAUCAAACCAAACCCACCAUUACGACACCAGUCAAACCUCAAAAGAACUAUGGAAAGAUAGUGUUAACUCUAUACAACUGUUUAUUGCCAGAAACUAUAUUUAAAGAGACUCCAUCUCAGUCAGAUGGUUUGGACAUAGAAACAGAGACAGAUCUACGCAUUUUAGGAUGUGAAAUGAUUCAAACGGCAGGUAUUCUACUGAAACUUCCCCAAGUUGCUAUGGCAACUGGUCAAAUGUACUUACAAAGAUUCUAUUAUUCAAAAUCCUUUGUAAGAUACCCAAUGGAAACAACAGCUAUGGGAAGCAUAUAUUUGGCGUCGAAAGUGGAGGAAAAGCCUUGCAGAAUUCGUGAUGUUAUAAAUGUAUUCCAUCAUAUUAAGCAAGUGAGAGCCCAGAAAACGAUUUCUCCUCUGAUUGUAGAUCAAAAUUAUAUAGAACUAAAAAAUCAAGUAAUCAAAGCAGAACGUAGAAUCCUAAAGGAGUUAGGGUUUUGUGUACAUGUGAAACAUCCACAUAAGCUCAUUGUUGUGUAUUUGCAGCUACUGCAAUAUGAAAAGAACAAGCAGCUCAUGCAAAUGGCUUGGAAUUAUAUGAAUGAUGCCCUUCGCACUGAUGUAUUUAUGAGAUUCCCCCCUGAGACAAUUGCAUGUGCAUGCAUAUAUUUAACAGCUCGUAGAAUUGGCUUGCCUCUGCCAAACAACCCACACUGGUUCCUAUUAUUCAAGGUGUCUGAAGAAGAUAUAAGAAGUGUAUGUUCAAGAAUUUUGGAACUGUAUAAACGAUUAAAAGUUAAUCCAGAAGAAUUGGAAAUCCGAGUUGAAUCAUUAAGAAAGAUAUAUCAAGCCAAUAGGCACAUACAAGCUCAGAAGGAGAGAGAUGCUAAAAUUGAAGAAAAAAAGGCUGAUUCACCAUCUGCUUCCACAUCAAAAGACUCCAAACGUGAUACCAAGAAAGAGAAGUCACCUAAAACACCACCACUGUCAUCUAAAUAUCACACCAGCCAUAAGAAGCGAGAAAGGAGAUCCCGUUCACCAUAUGAUAGGAAGAGAGAGUAUUCUAGUAAGAGACACAAGUCUCGAUCCCGUGAUAGGGAAGAUCGACCUAGAGAAGAUCGGUCUAGGGAAGAUCGGUCUAGAGAAGAUAGGUCUCGAGAGCGACGAUCAGAUGACAAACGCAGUCGAGUUUCAUCAAGGAAGUAUGAUGACUAUGAGCGCUCAAAACCUAGGGACAGAGAUGAAAAGCGUAAACAUUAGGUUAUAAGUAAUUUUUCAAUAAAUUAUGCCAAUUUU